AUGCCGGUGCCCCUGCACCUCCCCCCUCCCAUGCCCACGCUCCUGCCCCUUCCCUCCCCCUCCCCCGUGCCCGCGCCCCUGCAUCUCCAACCUCCCCCCGUGCCCACGCUCCUGCCCCUUCCCUCCCCCUCCCCCGUGCCCGCGCUCCUGCACCUCCAACCUCCCCCCGUGCCCACACUCCUGCGCCUCCAACCUCCCCCGUGCCCACGCUCCUGCCCCUUCCCUCCCCUUCCCCCGUGCCCACACUCCUGCACCUCCAACCUCCCCCCGUGCCCACACUCCUGCACCUCCAACCUCCCCCUGUGCCCACGCUCCUGCGCCUCCAACCUCCCCCCUGCCCACGCUCCUGCACCUCCAACCUCCCCCCGUGCCCACGCUCCUGCACCUCCAACCUCCCCCCGUGCCCACACUCCUGCACCUCCAACCUCCCCCCUGCCCACACUCCUGCGCCUCCAACCUCCCCCCGUGCCCACGCUCCUGCACCUCCAACCUCCCCCGUGCCCACGCUCCUGCACCUCCAACCUCCCCCCUGCCCACGCUCCUGCACCUCCCCUCCCCCCGUGCCCACGCUCCUGCACCUCCAACCUCCCCCCUGCCCACGCUCCUGCACCUUCAACCUCCCCCCUGCCCACGCUCCUGCACCUCCAACCUCCCCCCGUGCCCACGCUCCUGCACCUCCAACCUCCCCCCGUGCCCCUGCUCCUGCGCCUCCAACCUCCCCCCGUGCCCACACUCCUGCACCUCCAACCUCCCCCCGUGCCCACGCUCCUGCACCUCCAACCUCCCCCCUGCCCACGCUCCUGCACCUCCAACCUCCCCCCGUGCCCACGCUCCUGCACCUCCAACCUCCCCCCGUGCCCACACUCCUGCACCUCCAACCUCCCCCCGUGCCCACGCUCCUGCACCUCCAACCUCCCCCCGUGCCCACGCUCCUGCACCUCCAACCUCCCCCCGUGCCCCUGCCCCUGCACCUCCAACCUCCCCCCGUGCCCACGCUCCUGCACCUCCAACCUCCCCCGUGCCCACGCUCCUGCACCUCCAACCUCCCCCCGUGCCCACGCUCCUGCACCUCCAACCUCCCCCCGUGCCCCUGCCCCUGCACCUCCAACCUCCCCCCGUGCCCACGCUCCUGCACCUCCCCUCCCCCCGUGCCCACGCUCCUGCACCUCCAACCUCCCCCGUGCCCACGCUCCUGCACCUCCAACCUCCCCCCGUGCCCGCGCUCCUGCACCUCCAACCUCCCCCCGUGCCCACGCUCCUGCACCUCCAACCUCCCCCCGUGCCCACGCUCCUGCACCUCCAACCUCCCCCCGUGCCCACGCUCCUGCACCUCCAACCUCCCCCCGUGCCCCUGCCCCUGCACCUCCAACCUCCCCCCGUGCCCACGCUCCUGCACCUCCAACCUCCCCCGUGCCCACGCUCCUGCACCUCCAACCUCCCCCCGUGCCCACGCUCCUGCACCUCCAACCUCCCCCCGUGCCCCUGCCCCUGCACCUCCAACCUCCCCCCGUGCCCACGCUCCUGCACCUCCCCUCCCCCCGUGCCCACGCUCCUGCACCUCCAACCUCCCCCCGUGCCCACACUCCUGCACCUCCCCUCCCCCCUGCCCACGCUCCUGCGCCUCCAACCUCCCCCCUGCCCACACUCCUGCACCUCCAACCUCCCCCCGUGCCCCUGCUCCUGCACCUCCAACCUCCCCCCGUGCCCACACUCCUGCACCUCCAACCUCCCCCCCUGCCCACACUCCUGCACCUCCCCUCCCCCCGUGCCCACGCUCCUGCACCUCCAACCUCCCCCGUGCCCCUGCCCCUGCACCUCCAACCUCCCCCCGUGCCCGCGCUCCUCCGCCUCCCCUGCCCAUGCAGUGGCUCCUAG